AUAUAUAUACAGCCGGAUAUCUAUACCUACGCAGCAGAUGCAAGUCAAAUUGCAUUUUAUAAUACAACGAUCGAGAUAACUAGAGGGCCGAAAUUUUCGACUAUACCACAUAAAUAACUACCUGUCAUCCACUUCCCAGCUGCGACAUUCGACAUGACGACUUUUGAGAACUUGACCCCAUAUGAGCAACAAAACGUAGUGUGGCCCACGAGCGGCGUAAUGUUCGAGUCUGUCGAGUUCCCCGACGUUUAUCCCUGCAGAUCUAGGCCCACGGAAGCACAGAGUGUCAGUAGCGUCAGUGAAGCGCAAACGGAAGCAGCACGCUUCAAGCGACAGCAAGCACGCGAAAUACAGCAGCGGUUAGACGUGGAGCAACAUCAACAGCAGCAGGGGCUAUGGGAGCAACACGAACAGGACCACUGCUAUAUUCCGAGCAUGAACAUGGCAGCGAAACAGGCUGUAGUGAACAAACUUUAUCCUGAAGGAAGAAAAGAUUCGGGGUUCUCGGACUGCGGGAUCUAUUCUCACGAAUUUCACACAUUAGACAUCAGUGGAGUGCCAGCCAGUGGAAGCAUCGACGAGCAUUGUGAGCGAUAGAUAUGUGCUUAUAGAGAUGAAUCUUAUAAUGUUGUGGCUCAUGUAGCCGUCAUACAAAGACCAAGCAGACCACACAAACAGGCGAGUUUCACUCGCAAAACUGCACAUGAGAGGUAAAUAUGAACGGAGUUUUCUACAGCUAUUAGAUCCGCACAGGUGUGUGUUCUAAAUUAUACUUGGAGACCCGAAAGGAACAGGUCAAAGAAUCGGGCCUACUAGAGAAGUGAAUAUUAUGACGAUCGACUGUACGAGUACUAAAAACAACCGGAGUUUGUUCUGCGUCUACUCGUGAAGAUCGCAAAUACACCAUUAAAAAAAUAGAUAUGUAGUGGACCUUACACUGUUCACUUGGUUUUCA